CUGGUUGGAUGUUGGGCGGGGUCUGAGGAGAGAGAGGGAGAGAGAGAGAGAGGGAAGCGGAGAAAACCGAAAAACCUCCCGAUCCUCCUCCUGCUGCUCCUGCUGCACACAGACAAAAGGAGACCGGGACAACACACACGCACAGACACACAGACUCGCACGCACACACAGACGGCCAGAGCGCGGCACAGACGGACGGACACCCGGGAGGAUGGGCCGGCGGAGCGGUCGUCGGUAGCGCUCUGAUUUCGGGGACGGAGCUCCAGGAUGAGCGUAGCGCUGCAGGACCUCCGGAACACCAUGUCCAGCUAUAAGCGAGCAACCCUGGAGGAGGAGGAGGUGUCCGACGUGCCGGCUGAGGCGGCCUCGUCUCCUGACAGAGUGGAGGUGGGCUUCAGGAAGGGUGGUGUGGACAUCCUGGGGAGGAGGACUCAGCUGGAGGUCCUGCUCUCAGUCCUGCUGCUGGCCGCCCUCCUGGCUCUACUGGCCUGCCUGGUGGUCCUGGGACUCGGCUUCAGCUCGGACAGUGGGCGUGGCCUGUGCCUGUCGGAGGCCUGUGUCACUGUGGCCAGUCAGAUUGUGGAGGCGAUGGACCGCAGCGCCGACCCCUGCCAGGACUUCUACCAGUUUGCCUGCGGAGGCUGGAUGAGGAAGAACCCACUGCCUGACGGACGCUCGCGCUGGUCCACCUUCAACAGCAUCUGGGAGCAGAACCAGGCGCUGCUCAAACACCUGCUGGAGAACGGGACGUUUAACGGCAGCAGCGAAGCAGAGAGGAAGACUCAGUCCUACUACCUGUCCUGCCUCAACACCCAGAGGAUCGAAGAGCUCGGAGCUCAGCCUCUCGUAGACCUCAUCACCAAGAUUGGAGGCUGGAACAUGACGGGUCCCUGGGACAAAGACAACUUCAUGGAUGUUCUGAAGGUGGUCUCCGGUCCGUACCGAGCUCAGCCGUUCUUCAGCGUCGGAGUCAGCGCCGAUCCCAAAAACUCCAACAGCAACGUCAUUCAGGUGGACCAAUCAGGGCUCUUUCUGCCGUCCAGGGACUAUUACCUUAACAAGACAGCCAAUGAGAAGGUGUUGGUGGCGUACCUGGACUACAUGGUGGAGCUGGGGAUGCUGCUGGGGGGCGAGAGGAGCUCCACUCAGGCUCAGAUGCAGCAGAUUAUGGACUUUGAGACAGCGCUUGCCAACAUCACCGUCCCACAGGACCAGCGGCGAGACGAAGAGAAGAUCUACCACAAGGUCACCAUCGCGGAGCUGCAGGUGCUGGCUCCAGCCAUCGACUGGUUGGACUACCUGUCAUCCUCUUUGUCUCCUCUGGAGCUAAACGACACCGAACCUGUCGUCCUGUAUGCCAAAGAGUACCUGCAGCAGGUGUCUGAGCUCAUCAACAAGACAGACCGCAGUCUGCUGAACAACUACAUGAUGUGGACAUUGGUUCAGAAGAGCGUCGCCAGUCUGGACCAACGCUUUGAGAAUGCUCAGGACAAACUGCUGGAGAGUCUUUAUGGGACCAAGAAGUCCUGUACGCCGCGCUGGCAGACCUGCAUUGGGAACACUGACGACACCCUGGGAUUUGCGCUGGGAGCGCUGUUCGUCAAGGCAACUUUUGACAAACAAAGCAAAGAGAUUGCUGAAAAGAUGAUCAACGCCAUCCGGUCGGCGUUCAAAGAAGCGCUAGACCAACUCAGCUGGAUGGACGGCCAGACGAGACAGGCUGCAAAGGACAAGGCAGAUGCAAUCUAUGACAUGAUCGGCUUCCCAGAAUUCAUCCUGGACUCCAAGGAGUUGGACGAUGUUUAUGACGGGUAUGAAGUGUCAGAUGACAGCUUCUUCCAGAACAUGUUGAACUUCUACAACUUCUCCGCUCGAGUGAUGGCCGACCAGCUGAGGAAGACUCCCAACAAAGACCAAUGGAGUAUGACUCCUCCUACAGUUAAUGCCUACUACAUGCCCACUAAGAACGGCAUCGUCUUCCCUGCUGGGAUCCUGCAAGCUCCCUUCUACGCCCACGACCACCCCAAGGCACUGAACUUUGGUGGAAUUGGCGUGGUGAUGGGCCACGAGCUCACGCAUGCCUUUGAUGAUCAGGGUCGUGAGUAUGAUAAAGAAGGAAACUUGAGGCCGUGGUGGCAGAACUCGUCCGUGGAGGCGUUUCGUCAGCGGACCGAGUGUAUGGUGGAUCAGUACAGCCGCUACACCGUCAACGGAGAACACAUCAACGGAAAACAGACACUCGGAGAAAACAUCGCUGACAACGGGGGGCUAAAGGCCGCGUAUCACGCCUAUCGGUCAUGGAUCCAGGGAAACGGAGAUGAGAAAAGACUUCCUGCUGUCAACCUGACCAAUGACCAGCUCUUCUUCGUUGGAUUUGCCCAGGUGUGGUGCUCAGUUCGGACACCAGAGAGCGCUCACGAGGGCCUUGUGACCGACCCCCACAGUCCUCCCCGAUACAGAGUCAUCGGCACGCUCGCCAACUCUCCGGACUUCAGCCGCCACUUUAACUGCCCCGAAGGGACACCCAUGAAUACGGGGAAGCGCUGCGAAGUCUGGUAGUCAGACCUGAAAGGACCAGCUCGGGGUGGUACACGAACGGGGGGUGGGGGGGAGUCUGUCAGCUGACGGGUUGACGGGCUCGUUAGUGUCUUAAUUAGAGUUCAGGUUCUUUCAUGGGGUGGGGGGGAGCAGGUGUAAUCUUCAGCUUCAGUUAAUCUGUAACUUGGUGACGAUCAGACUCACUUCCUGUCUGGAAACUAAACGGACUCGGUGGACGUCACACAGACACGAAGGACUGACGAGGAAGAAGAAGCCACGUGGGCGGUGUCGAUGAUUCCUUCUUUUAUCACGUUAUUGAUUCAUAGUGUUAUUAAUGGGCUUUGGUUUGUGUGUGUGUGUGCGCGCGCAUGUGUGUCUGUGUGUGCGUGCGUGCGUGUGUGUGUGCGUGUGUGCGCACACGUGUGUCUGUGUGUGUGCGUGUGUGCGCGCACGUGUGUCUGUGUGUGUGCGUGUGUGCGCGCACGUGUGUCUGUGUGUGUGCGUGUCUGUGUGUGUGCGUGUUGUCCGUUGUGUGAAAGAGCUCUAUAAUUCCGCCCCCUAUGACAUCACUGUGAUGACCUCAUACAAAGUUGAACUGUUACAUAAUCAGUCAUGGCUGUGUGUGUGUGUGUGUGUGUGUGUGUGUGUGAUUGGCCACUCAGUUAUUGAGGAAGCUGUCGUCUGAUUGGCUGGAAGGUUUUCAGUUUUAGGGGUGUAGAUUAGGAUUAAGGAGAGGAACGAGGGUUUCGUGGGUUAUUUAUGAGGUUUAAGCAUUUAAAACACUUUUUCUCAGAUUUAUCUCCUCGAUCCGUUUCUCGUGUAUAUAAUCUGUCAGAAAUGUCGAAUUGAAUCCACGCUGUAACCACUGUUUUACACUAAAUUAAGACAGACGUGACAUAUUUUAAAAGGUUUUCCAUCAUUUUGUAAUCUAUUACAACCCUUUAAUGAGUCUGUCGAGGAUUGCCUUAAAGCCAGCGUUAUCUUUAGGUAACACAGAGCAUAGCUCACCUUCCAGUUUGCACAGUUUAACCGACUCACUACGUUAGCGCUCAGCAACCACUAAGUAACACACUGUUAUCAGGAGACACAGCCUCACUUCCAGGUAAAGACCAGUGUCAGUGAAUCAAACAGUGAGUAGAGAGGAAACAGCUUAAAACCAAAACCUGAUCCUAAAACUGAGUUUGGAAUUAAAAUUUCAAAAUAAAAUGCCCUCCAAACACAAUCCUGUCUAUGGUCUAUCUCACAAAAAAAGAUAAUUUAUUUGCAGUGUUUUGGAAAUUCAUCUUUAUCAGGUAAACGGUGAACCUCUGAACAUCUACCACGUCACAGCGGUCUGGUUCACAUGCAGCUCCUUGUCACCAGUUUUCACCCAUUUGCCAACAAAACAACUUAAAACAGAAGAAGUGGGAAACGCCGGUGGGUGAAACUGGACGUGUGGAGUGUGUGGUCCGCUGGUGAAAUGGUGGAUAUUAAGAGCUUGGUGACACAGGAAGUAGUGGAAGUCAAUCAAAUUUCCCAGUUGUAUUUGUUUCUAAUGUUUUAUAAUAACUCAAGUUCGCUGUUUCAAACACUAGUUAUAGAAAGAAUCAUAAAUAUAUAAAAGUAUAAUGAAGUAAAGCUCACAGGACUGCAUUUCAGAUACAGUUUGUGCAACCGGUGAAAACACAAAACUGGAAUACUUUAUCAUGAAGCUAACAUUUCCAGUCACAAUAAAACUAUAAAAUUAAAACAUGAUCUCCACAAUGAGCUAAGAAGCACCACAUACUCCUAAUAUACUAGUAUAGAUAUCAAGCCACAUGCAGUCAUGUUUGUAGCCUUUGGAUUUUUUUAUUAUUAUGUAUUUAAAUGAUUUUCUAUAGUUUUAAGCCAUUCGGUGUGCGGGGAAUGUGAUUGGCUGUAAGCUUGCUGAUGUAACGGCUUCUCUUGUUACAAACCAUUUGCCUGAUCUUUGAACGAGUCAGUGAGCAGGAGUCUGUCCUUGAAGCUCUGCAUCGGUCUUUCCCACUCUUUCAUUUUUUGAAAUAAUCGGCUGCUCACUGAGCUCGAGGUCUGAUGUGAUGUGAAGGUGGCGUGAAGUUCAAAAUGUGACUUUUGGUGUAUAAAUGGGUUCAUCAGACCUCGGCAGUAAACAGCUGGACCAGGAGUGGGAUUACCUUUAGAAAUACUCAGAGUAAACAUAAAUAUGAGAGACAGACUGUCGAAGUUAAAGAUCCAACAAAAGAUCCAAUAAACCUUCAUUCGUUAAAGAACUGACGACUUGGUACCUCAGACUUCAUUACCAACGAUUCCUUAAAACAUGGCUGAACUUUAGCUCCCGCCCAGUGCAGGUACAUGACUCUGACGACAGGUGGCGCUCUCGGCCCGCUCACCUGGACUUGAUCCCCUGAACCACAAGCUUAAUAUUCAUGUUAAAGUCAGUGUUGUGAUAAUAACCAUACACUGUGUAUUGUCAGUGUUUGUGCAUGUGUGGGUGUGCGUGUGUGUGUUUUGGAGUAUGUGCCGGCUUCGCUUCCCCCUAUGACAUGACCGUCCAAUCCUACGCAGCUCCCGUGUGUGACGUCUUUUGUUCUGCAGAAGAAGCAGCUGCCUCCGGCGAAAGAUGUGUCUGGGUGCGUUUGCGUGUUCCUGUAUGUCUAUCGUUGUAAGGAUGAUUAAAAACUUUGGUUCUCCACUUUGGGACAGAUUUUCUGAGACCCUUUAGAAGCAGGGUUAGGCUAUGAGUUGGGGGGGUGCAUCGCAUCUACAAGGGUCCUUGUGUAGGUAGAUGCAAUGAAGAUGCUUCUGCAUUGUAAGGACAUUUGGGCAUCCUCAACUUUGAAGAUCCAGAAUUGGCUGUUAAAUCAGUGAAGGUCCUCACAAGUAUAGACAGACAAGUGUGUGUGUGUGUGUGUGUGUGUGUGUGUGUGUCAGGAGUCAGAGCUGUGUAAUAAUCUGUGUGUACAGUAAACAACAAUAGAGCUGAAGUAGAAGAAACUCUGCUCAUUUUAAACUCUGUGUCUGUCCUGAAGGGGGCGUCAGUGCUCGUCCAAUCAUAAGGCUGCGUGUCAGGUGGCUGCUGUGGGGGAAAAAAACACCUGAAGUUUUAUCUGCUUUUAUUUUACUGCCCGAGAAUGUAGAGAAAAGAAUGAGAAAUGUUUUCUAUCAGGCUGCAGAAAUAUAAUAAACACUGAACACACUCA